AAUCCUUCCUGGGCAAGCCACGCAAAUGAUUCGAUUCCGACUCCGAGCGGCGAAUUCCAACUUCCGACUGUCUUCACCAUGACGGAGCUCAUCAACUUCAAUGUUCUAUCAACUCUGUUCGAUUGGAUUCAGCGGAGCAAAUCUUCCGCCAAGAAGCGUUCCAAGUUCCGCAAGUUUCUCGACACCUUCUGCAGUUCUGCCGACUAUUUCUCCGCCAUCCGCUUGAUUCUGCCCACCCUCGACCGGGAGCGCGGCACCUAUGGCCUCAAGGAGUCUGUACUCGCCACUUGCCUUAUCGACGCUCUUGGCAUCUCUAGAGACUCCGACGACGCUCUUCGUCUUAACAAUUGGCGCAAAGGCGGUGCUAAGACUGGAGCUAAUGCCGGCAAUUUCGCUCUUGUUGCUGCCGAGGUUUUGCAGCGCAGGCAAGGAAUGACCCCUGGUGGUCUAACAAUUAAAGAGUUAAAUGAUCUGCUGGACCGUUUGGCUUUAAGUGAAAACAGCAGAGCAGAAAAAACUGCAGUUCUGUCUACUCUUAUACAGAAGACGAAUGCACAGGAAAUGAAGUGGAUUGUCAUGAUAAUCCUCAAAGAUCUGAAACUGGGAGUUAGUGAAAAGAGCAUUUUUCAUGAGUUCCAUCCAGAUGCAGAAGACUUAUUCAAUGUCACCUGUGACUUAAAACUGGUUUGUGAAAAGCUAAGGGAUCGUAGAAAAAGGCAUAAGCGUCAGGACAUUGAAGUUGGAAAAGCUGUGCGACCGCAGCUGGCUUCAAGAGUUUCCAAUGCAAAUGCUGCAUGGAAGAAGCUUCAUGGGAAGGAAGUUGUAGUCGAAUGCAAGUUUGAUGGUGACCGUAUUCAAAUUCAUAAGAAUGGAACUGAAAUACACUUCUUUUCAAGGAACUUUCUCGAUCACUCAGAAUAUGGACGUGGAAUGUCUGAUGUUAUUGUUGAAAAUAUUAUUGCCACUAGGUGUAUACUUGAUGGUGAAAUGUUGGUGUGGGAUAAAUCUUUAAACCGUUUUGCAGAGUUUGGCUCAAACCAAGAAAUAGCAAGGGCAGCAAAGGAUGGAUUGGACAGCGAUCGUCAGUUAUGCUAUGUUGCGUUCGAUGUUCUUUAUGUUGGAGAUACUAGUGUUAUUCACAGGAGUUUGAAAGAAAGACAUGAGCUUCUGAGAGAUGUAGUCAAGCCUGUGAAGGGACGAUUGGAAAUUUUAGUACCUAAUGGUGGUCUUAAUAGUGACUGUGCUGGGGAUCCUUCUUGGUCACAAAGAGCUUAUAAUGCCGAUGAUGUGGAAAGAUUUUUUAAAAAUACCAUUGAAAAUAGAGAUGAAGGUAUUGUUAUUAAGGACAUGGGUUCCAAGUGGGAACCUGGUGAUCGUAGUGGGAAGUGGUUAAAAUUAAAGCCUGAUUAUGUUCGUGCUGGAUCUGAUUUGGAUGCCCUCAUCAUAGGAGGUUACUAUGGCUCUGGGCGACGGGGUGGGGAGGUAGCUCAAUUUCUGAUGGGUCUUGCUGAGCGUUCACCCUCGAAUGCAUAUCCCAGACGAUUUAUUUCCUUCUGCCGAGUAGGAACUGGACUUACUGAUGAGGAUUUAGAUGCUGUUACAAACAAACUGAGGCCUUAUUUUAGGAAAAGUGAAUAUCCAAAGAAGGCUGCACCGAGCUUUUACCAAGUUACAAAUAAUUCAAAAGAAAGACCAGAUGUUUGGAUUGAAAGCCCUGAGAAAUCAAUCAUUCUUUCCAUUACCAGUGAUAUACGAACUAUAAAGUCUGAGGUCUUUGCAGCACCAUAUAGCCUAAGAUUUCCGCGCAUAGACCGUGUUCGAUAUGACAAACCUUGGCAUGAAUGUCUUGAUGUGCAAUCUUUUGUAGAGUUGGUUCAUUCAAGUAAUGGUAACACGCAAAGGGGCACAGAUAAUAGUGGCUGGCAAGAUAGUAAUCGAAAGUUCAUUAAAUCUACUGGAAAGAGAAGGAAGAAGAGCGUAUCUGUUGUUCCUUCUCAUUUACUUCAGACCGAUAUUUCUGGCAUUAAAGAGGACUCCUUGAUUUUCUCAAAUAUGUUAUUUUACAUUGUUAAUGUGCCUCCAACCCAUUCUCUCGAUUCCCUGCACAGAUUGAUUGUGGAGAAUGGGGGUACAUUCUCUAUGAAUUUGAACGAUUCUGUUACACACUCUGUUGCUGCUGACACCAAGGCAGGCAUCAAAUAUGAGGCUGCAAGACGUCGUGGCGAUGUUAUUCAUUAUUCUUGGAUGUUGGAAUGUUGUUCCCAGAAGAAACUGCUGCCUCUACAGCCUAAGCAUUUUCUCUUUCUCUCUGACCAUUCAAAGAAAAAAUUGGAAGAGGAAAUUGAUGCAUUUUCUGACUCGUACUUCUGGGAUCUUGAACUUGCAGACCUGAAACAGCUAUUAAGCAACGUUAGUAGAUCAGAAGAUGUGAAAGCUAUUGACUACUACAGGGGGAAAUACUGUCCAAAAGAUGAAUGGAGUAUAUUUGUUGGUUUCCAAAUUUACUUCCUUCCUUUAAGACCAUCUUUGAAAUUUGAUUGGGAUGUUCUGUUGGAGCUUUCAAUGAGGAGAUUGAAGGUUGAAGUUUCAUUCAGAGGUGGAAAAGUCAGUGAUAACCAUGUUUCUGCUACCCAUGUUGUAGUCUUCUGUAUACCUGGAUCUUCCGUGGAUUGUGAAACAGUAUUGAAAUGCUUCAAUGAAGCGGAGAAACAUGUCAUAUUGAAAAAUAAGAUUCAUAUUGUUGCACAUCAGUGGUUGGAAGACUGUUUGGAGAGGGCCCACAGGUUACAAGAAGAUGCAUAUAGCUUGAAACCCAAUUGGAAAAAGUCAAUCGAAAAGUUAAAUUCUGACAUAGAUUCUGAGACACCAUUGGCCUCAGAAAAUACAGAAAACCAGAAAAUUUCUUCUCCUUCCAAUGCAUAUAAAGAUCAAGGAAGAAAUGAAGCUGCUUCAGGACAACACAUGCUCUUACAUUCAACUGAGAGAUCUGGUGGCAAGAAAAGAGGAAAAUCUACUGCAAGGAGCAUGCAGAAAGGGAAAUUGAGCGUCGAACAAGUUCGAAGAGCUCGGGCACGAACAGCCAAGGGGCCUGCAAAAAUAAGUGAAGUUGAGUCAGACAGCAGUGACUAUAAUGAUGAAAAAACAAAUGCAGAGACUGAAAAUAUUGGAACACCAUGCAGUGAAAACUUGAAAACGAAUGAGCUUACAAAGCUGGAAAACUUUGAUCCUUCACGAAAAGGCAAGGGCAUUGAGCACGUGCCCUUAUGUUCAACCGAGAGAACUGGUGAGAAGAAAAGAGGAAGAAGACCUACACCUACUGCAAGUGCAAGGAGCAUGCAGAAAGGGAAAGCAGGCGUUGAACAAGGGCAAAGAACUCGGGCACGUACGGCCAAGGGGUCUGCAAAAAUAGGCGGUGUUGAAUCAGACAGCAGUGACACUACUGAUGAUAAAACAAAUGCAGAAGGAAAUGGAGUGGAGAAACGAAAUAUUGGAACAGUAUGCCCAGCAAACUCGAACACAAAUGAGUUUAUAUGGCCAGAAAAUUGUGAUUCCUCACAUAAAGGAAAGGUCAUUGAACAAGAUGAUCUUGCAGAAUUUAAAUCUAAUGUUCCAGAAAUUGAAAUAUCUACAAGGUACAAUUGCCAAGGCAUUGAAGAAUCUGAGAAGCUGGAAGUCAUGACUGAUCCACUUCAGGCCAUGUUAUUAGAUAUGGUUCCUAGUCUUGGAAUGAGUGAAACUAAAAGUAGCAGUACUGUUCUCGAGGAGAAGCAGCCAGUGCAAAACAAUUCUGAGCCAACGAAGAAGAAAGUGAGCUAUAAGGACGUUGCCAGUGAAUUGCUCAAGGAUUGGUAAAACGAGUAUUGGGACUACUUUCUUUGUGUAAAUGUUUCUAAUGUGAUAGCUUAACAAGGAGUCAAGUAAAUAUCAUGUUGCAGUUCGACCGAUCAUUUCAACGCAGAAUAUUUAGUUAGUAUAGGAUGAUUCAAAACACCUUAAAAAGUUUAUCAAAUAGGGUGGGUGAAGCGCGAGGGGAUGGAUGUCUAAUCAAUCUGUCUUGUAUAUCAAGUAUUGAUAGGAAUGUCAUGCAUUCUCUCGUGUUAUCAAGAGAUAAAGAACGGAUUUGAUUGACUCAUGAGAGAUGAAAUAUUUAGUUUGGACUUUUUUUUAUUUU